AUGUGCACCAAGCGAGCGCUUGUUUGGAGUUUGCUGGUCCUCUCUGUCUUUCAUAUUGGACUCGGGGUGUCCUGCAUCUCUCUGGGUGUGCUGGGGAUCACACAAGCCCGCUGGCUACAGAAAAGCCAGACGUCCUUCUCCACACCGAUAUGGAGCGGCGUGUGUUUUCUCAUCUGUGGAGUAUGCGGGAUACUGUGUGCGAAGAAAAGAACUGGACUGACUAUGAUCCUGUUUUCAGCCUGUUGCAUCUGUGGACUUAUUGGGGGAAUUCUAAACAUCCAGUUUGUGCGUGCAGUGGUGAAACGACCAAACAGCCUGUACUCUCUACACCUGGCCUUCCUCUGCCUGGCCAGCCUGGGCAUCUUGGGCUGCACCCUCUCCACCUGGCUCACCUGCAGACUCGCCAGCUGUGAACAGAAAAGACUGUUUCUGGAAAGAGAUCUGUCGUUGCAUCAUUCUGUGGAGAUGGGCGAGAAGGUGAAGGCAACGUGUGGAUGA